AUACACUAGUACUGAACUAGUACUGCUACUACUUUUUAUCAAAAGAAGAAAUGGAGACGAAAUCGCCAUGUCCGCCGUACACGGUGACCGUUCGCCGGAACCCUCCCCGGAGAGCAAGACCGACACCAUCCUCCGCUGUUCCUACUACGCUUCCCCGAUCGCCGCCGCGAAACAUCUCUUCAUUCCCCAUUGAGGAUAUUCUAUCAAUAGAAGUCCCUGAAAAACAACUUCUUACAGAGCAUCCAUCAUCAUCAGAGAAUCUCAAGGUAUAUCUGAGAGUCCGACCGUUAAUUUCUCAACGAGAAACAGCGAAAAUAGAAAAAACGGCUGCUGAAAUGAAGAAAACAACUAAAAAUGCUUGGCCUAAAAACCCUAAGUCCACCAAUGCGUUGCCGAAGAAGCUCAAAAAGAGCAAUGAAGUCUGUGUGACAGUGAAUGAUGCACAUUCCGUUACCCUAUUGCCUCCGCAGAGCUUACAAGACGCCAAACGUAUUAAAUCAGAAGUUUAUGAAGGUUUUUCACAUGUCUUCUCGUCACAAGCUUCUCAGAGGGAAGUGUACGAAGAUAUAGUGAGUCCUUUAGUUGAGGAUUUUUUGAAGGGUAAGAGUGGAAUGUUAGCUGCAUUGGGACCAAGUGGUUCUGGGAAGACUCAUACCAUCUUUGGCUGUGGAAGGGACCCUGGUAUGGUGCCUCUUGCUCUUCGUCGAAUUUUAUCACAGGAAGAAGGAGAGAAGAAGAAGUCACGAAGGAUAUUUUAUUUGUCCAUGUUUGAGAUCUCUUCUGAGAAAGGAAAAUCUGAAAAGAUAUUUGAUUUAUCACAAGAUGGGGCUGAUUUAUGCAUCCAACAAUCAUCUAUUAAAGGCGUGCGAGAGGCCGUACUUUAUGAUGCGCAGCAAGCUGAAUCGUUAAUCGCAUGUGGACUUUUAAAACGUGCGACAGCUAUGACGAAUUCAAACAGUCAAUCUAGUCGUUCACAGUGCAUCAUAAAUAUCCGCUGUGAAUAUAAGAGGGCAGAUGGAAAAGUUGGUGAUAACUCAAACAGUGCUGUGCUGACUAUAGUUGACCUUGCUGGAGCUGAGAGGGAAAAGAAAACUGGAAAUCAGGGGGUUAGAUUGCUCGAAAGUAAUUUUAUCAACAACACUUCGAUGGUGUUUGGCCUGUGCUUAAAGUCAUUACUGGAGCAUCAGAAGAACCCCAGAAAACCUAUGCAGAAACACUUUCAAAACUCUCUGUUGACCAGAUACUUACGAGAUUAUUUGGAAGGGAAGAAGCGGAUGGCACUGCUUCUAACUGUAAGACCUGGGGAAGAAGACUACCUUGAUACUUCUUUUCUGCUAAGGCAGGCUUCACCAUAUACAAAAAUCAAGUUUGACAUUGUUGAAGAACAUGGGAUUUUAAAGCACAAUAAGAGGCCUGUGCAAACAACGCCUAGCACGGGGAAGCUUAAAAGAAUGAAGUUGAGUCGAAUUGAAAAUUGUGAGAUCAAUCAAAGAAGCGAUGAAUGUCCUAAACUUCCGAAUGAAGAAGCUGCUGUGGAAGGAGUGAAUGACAGCUUGGCAGACGUUCUUGUUCAGUCUGAGGAGAUCAUCACUAUUGAAGCAAAUGAGAGGAAUAUUCUCAGAGUUGAUCACGUGGAAUUGGAAAGAAAAGAGAGAAAUCAUCAGAUUCUGCAAAAUUUUGGAAAGGCUUUGUGGAAAGUCUUGAAAGAAUACAAGAGAAAACUUGAGGUGGCUGAAAAUGAAAUUUGCACCCUCAGAGAUUGCUUAAGUAAUGAGAAAACUAGAUCCACUGAACUAGAGAAUCAACUGAGGGAUUGGCAAAGUAACUGCUGCUGCAGGAAAGGAGUUUCAAGUGAGGAAUCCUCCAGAGAAGAGGAUGAAUUCAGAGGAAAAGGUUCAUUAGAUUGUGAGGCGCGUCAAUCCACUGAUCAGAAUGAGGUGGAUGAAAAUGAAACCUGCACUCCUAGACACUGCAUGAUCAUCGAGAAAACAAGAUGGGCUGAACUAGAGAAUGAACUGAUGGAUUGGCAAAGUAACUGCUGCUGCAGGAAGGGGGUUUCAAGUGAGGUUUCCUUCAGAGAAGUGGAUGAACUCAGAAGAAAAAGUUCUUUAGAUCUUGAGGAUCAUCAAUCUAUUGGCUGCAACGAGGUGACAUCUGAAGCUUAUUCUUGUCAUUUGGAAGGAUCUGCGCAUGCGAGAAAUGAUGAGCGGCUUGACUCCACUAUUGCACAGCAGCUCGAAAGUUCUAUUGAAGAUGCUACUGGUGUUGAAGAUCUGAUGAAACCAAAUGAAAUGAAAGCAGAGAUUACACAGUUGAAUGGCAUAGCAACUGCUGUAUUAAGCGGGUCACACUCUUGCACUAAUCAGGAGUACGAGCAAGAAGAAGAAAGUUCUGGUAAUUCUGUAGUCCGCACUUCCAAAGCGACUUUCAUAAACAGAGACGAGAACAACCUGUUGGAAGAGGACCGCACGCUUUUUGAUUCAGUACUUCCAGAAUGUACAGUCAACUCUUCUGAGUCAUCUCUCCUCGUUGAAAAUAACAGCUCUUUUCCAGUGGUGGAGGACCAAACACAAAAUGAAGAGGACAAGACUGCUAAGACGCUCAAAAGUUCUUGUGAAGAUGCUACUGGUGUUGAAGAUCUGAAGAUUCCAGAUGGAAUGAAAGCAGAGAGUGCAGAUUUGAAUGGCAAAGCAAAUGCUUUGUUAAGUGGGUCACCCUCUUGCCCUGAUCAGGAGUACGAGCGAGAAGAGAAUUUUUUUGAUUCUGUAGUAAGCACUUCCCAAGCCACUUCCAUAAACAGAGACGAGACCAGCCUGCUGGAAGAGGACCACACGCUUUUUGAUUCCGUACUUCCUGAAUAUACAGUCAACUCUUCUGAGUCAUCUCUCUUCAUUGAAAAUAACCGCUCUUUUCCAGUGGUGGAGGACCAAACACAAAACAAAGAGGAUAAGACUGCUCAGCAGCUCGAAAGUUCUAUUGGAGAUGCUACUGGUGUUGAAGAUCUGAUGAAACCAAAUGAAAUGAAAGCAGAGAUUACACGUUUGAAUGGCAAAGCAACUGCUGUAUUAAGUGGGUCACGCUCUUGUACUGAUCAGGAGGACGGGCAAGAAAUGGAAAGCUCUGGUAAUAGUAAAGUUCUGAAUCCUAUUGGUGUUGAAGAUCUAAAUCCUACCGGCGUUCAAGAUCUGAUGAAACCAAAUGAAAUGAAAGCAGAGAUUACACGUUUGAAUGGCAAAGCAACUGCUAUAUUAAGUGGGUCACGCUCUUGUACUGAUCAGAAGGACGGGCAAGAAAUGGAAAGUUCUGAUUUUGUAGUCUGCACUUCCCAAGCAACUUUCAUAAACGAAGAUGAGGCCAGCCCGUUCGAAGAGGAUCAUGCGCUUUUUGAUUCAGUACUUCCAGAAUGUACAGUCAACUCUUCUGAGUCAUCUGUCGUCGUUGAAUAUAACAACUCUUUUGCAGUGGUGGAGAACCAAACACAAAGUGAAGAGGACAAGAAACCAUUGGGUCCAUCGACAAUGUUAAUGCCCGAGGAAGUUGUACAUGCUCUAGGAUGCCAUGAUAACAACACACCUGAAGCAGUUACCAAACAUGGUUCCUGCACUAAACUUCAGAAUGCAGAUAGGCCAAAAAGGAGACUUCUACCAGUUUCGUCUAUCUUAUUAAAAGAUAUAGGCAAUAUAGACUUCAAGGACGAGAAUGAGAAACCAAAGGGAGUCAAGGCAGAAAAGAAAGGAGCUUCUCGUAAGAACAGAACUCAGGGCAGCACUUCGCUUAUUCGUUUGCUCAAGGAUAAUCUUGGUAUCUAGUUCAUUAUGGACUGCAUUCAAGGUUUCCUCUGCAAUAAACGACACUGUUCUAGGGUGUAAAUUUGAUAUUGUAUAUAAGGUCAUUCAAAUCCUUUUGAUGACUCUCAGUUGCUUUUUGUGCCUCACAAACAUCAUCUUUGAGUAAGCUGGCUAGACUUUUUCCUUUUGGGAAGAGGCCUAACUCCUCAAAAUGCUACUCUGAUUAUUUUGAAAGCUUGUGAGCUUCUCCGAGGAUUGUAUCUAACGAAUUUGAAAAGAACAAGACCAAGCAUGGUAAUGUAAAUAGCCUUUGCUUCUUCUAAGUCCACGUGAUUUUAAAUC